GAAACCCUUCGUUGACUAGAAUUUGAUGCAUCUUUGGCUCUGUGAAGCCCAAGAUUUCCUCUGCUGACACCAAUUGGCUUGGUAAUAGUGACCAAAGGCUUGGCUAUAGCAGCCUGAUUAUUAUUGACCAUGAAGAGCUCCUGCUGGACAGUUUUGCUGAAAAUACGAGAGACAAGGAAAAUUUCCCACAAUGUGGUUCAUCCUUAAUCGUGGUAUGGCAAGAUUUCCUUGGAUACCGUGCUUGUCGAUGAGCCACAAAGUCUUGCUGUCCUGGUCAGAUGCAAAAAUCCCACCUCAACAGGUACAACACAGAAUAGUAAAUGGCAAUAAAAACAGCACCUGGUGAUGUUUUCCCAGACACCUGAAGCCUUUAUGCAUCCCAUCUUUGGAUGGGUACCAUGAAUUGUGAAGAACCAAAUGUGGAGAGGGCUGUUCUCUCCUGGUCCAGAUUUGCUACAGCUGGUCAGACUGCCCUCAAAGAGGCCCUGAAAGUCUUCAAUCCCAUUUCCCAGGACCUCUCAGAGACUGAGAGACAAAUGGUGUCUUUUCUUCAGGCAUUAAAAGAUGAAGGACGUAAACCAGUGGUGCUAAGAAGCAAAGAUGUAUAUGGAUACAGGUCUUGCACAACACAACCACUCACAACGGAGAUUGGCAGUAAGACAUUGAGAGUACAAAAACCUUGUAAGAAACGAGGUCGAAAGACUUUGAUCAAGAACAAGGAUACCAGUUCCUCAGUUUUUGGUGCGACCACCAAGGCCAUCUUACAAAACCAGCCCAAGAUUCUUCUGACCAAUCUCUCAGUAGAUACACUCAAGCAGACUGUUUCACCCAAACCAUCAGUGCAGAUUCCAUGUUCUGUGCAACAGUGCCUGAAAUUAACAAACAUAAAGGGUGUUACUGGUGGCCAUACAGCAAGGCUGCAAAUCCACUUUGGUGUGGACUCUCACAACACAAUCAGUCCCAGUGUUCACUGCCCACCAAUUCUCUCUGGGAUACCACAUUCUCCUUCAGAAAGCAUCACGCAAACAUCAAGUGUAGUAGCUUUGGACAAUAAAAGAGUUUUGUCCUGUCCGCUUAAAGUGGAUGAUGCCCUCAUUGGAGAUUCUGCACCAAUUGUUUGUCAAAAUGGUAUUAGUCUAAAAGAGGGUAAAAAGGUCCAAAUAAUAUCAGGUAAAUCUGGUGUGAUAAAUGGUUUGAACUGUGAGGACAGUGAUUCAAUGAGGAGGCUGAACUGCCAAGGUUUAGGCUGGUCUCAGCCAGGGCUUGUCACAAAUGGCCAAGACAUGUCUGAACUGAGUGGAAAUAGUCUUCAGUGGAAAGUCAUCAAAGUGGACGAGUCUGUCACUGAUGAGGAGGUGAGGAAAGAGGCUCAGAAAAUCUUGCGAGUCAAUUUGUCUCCUGUGAUACAGAUCCAUCCACUUCUACACUCUGUAUAGACUAGACAAAUCAAAGCUGACUUUUAUAUCCACAUAUACUAUUAGAAUUUCUUAUACUGGGACGUUCCUUGGAUCAAAACAUGAUUAUUUGAAUCUCUAAUUAUGCAUAUUUCACAUGUAUGACCAACUUUGGUGAUCCAAAGAGGGAAAUUAGUUUUAUUUUCUGUUACAUAAGUGUUUCUUUUAUUGGAAUUUUGCCUUGAAUUUGAUAAACUUAAGCUAAAUGAAAUAACCACAUCGUUUCACUAUGCAGUGUUGCCGUAUGUCCUUCCCCCAUUUCUUUUAAUAGGCUUCCUGAGAAACAGAAUUUACAAAUUAUUCAGAUUUAUAGUGUGACACAAUGUAAGGUUGUUUUAGAGAGAUGAGAAACUUUUACAAUUUGUUAAUUUCAGUUUGCUAUUGUUUUUAAAAUGCCUUGGCUAUGUUUUUAACUGUCCAUUGCAUUAGUCUGUAGGCACAGACUGUAUAAUGUCUAAGUUGUAAUGGUACAUGGGGGAAGGGUUACGUUUAUUUCAUACUACAGACAUGGUUGUGAGUCUGGCUUGUCUAACACCAUUGUAUGCUAAAAGAUCAACACUUCAAACAUUAUCAAAAAAUAGAAAAUGACUAUUAAUUACAUAUUUUUUGUGUUUGUAUUCUUUCUGCUUUAACAGAGCUGUUUUAAUUCAAACGGCUAAUUGUCAAUCAUCUUUUGAGCACAGAGAAAAAUCUAAUCUAAGGUCUUGCUUUAUAGAACUGAAGCUGUACCUUUUUUUGGAAACUUGCCUGUAAUAAUGAAAGAAUAACGUUUAGUGAGAGCUUGCUGCUAAUUUGAAUCUUAAGUUAAUUACCAUAACUCUGGGACAAAGUUUCCUCUGAGAAUCUGAACGGUUCUUCUCCACCUUGUCUGCAUACACCAUAGGUUUUGAGUGUUGCUGCAGGUUGAAUUGGGAGUAUGGAGUUAAACGCUCAUCUAUGAGAUCUGGAAAUAGUGCAGGCCUGGUCAGAACUUGGCAGUGCAAGUUAAUCAGAAAUCCUUACCCCUUGUACCAUUUUAUAGAUCAGGAGCACUAUUGUAGUUUAAUUGUAUUACAGGCAAAGAAUAUGGCCUUACUUUUUUUGUUUUUUCCUCUCUUUUCUUUUUUUUUCUUUUUUUUGUGACCAUGUAUUUUAUUCUGUAGAUUUCACUCCAUUUUUAAAAUGAGACAACACUGGUAUUUUGGUGCUUCAAUGAUUCACUAGCAUCCACAGAUGUGUUAAAACUGCUGGCAUUGAUGGCCUUUAACUUUCCCUAACCAUUUUAACGAACAUUCUUCUGGUUCCCGUUUUCAUGUCUUGUCUAAUGGCUGUUGACGGUAGUUGAGCUUGACAUCCCCUUCAGCCUCCAGUCAGCAAAAUGUCUGGGCUUAAAAGUCAAAGCAAUUUUGUUCACUAUAACUUUGUGUCGUUCAUAUUGUCAUGGUGACAACCCACCAACCAAGCAACAAAGUUUUUAACCAAAAGAUACUGGCUACACUGCUCAUUUUGAAGUCGUAUAUACAUAUCUUUUUUCCUCUAAUGAUUCUCUAUAUACAUAGCUUGAGCUUAGAUAUGGAUGUAUUUUUCAAAACUAUUGCAGUGUAUAUGUCAGCAAAUGUUCAUGAUCUUCUGCAGAAUUUAACUGUAAACUCUUAAAUACUGCAGUUUUUACAGAACUUAACCUGUGUACACAGUUAAAUCGUUUCAAAAGACCAUUCAGUCUUUUUUCUUGACUUUGUUAAUGGAAAAUUUUGUGUUGGGAGAAGGACAUUAUGCCGGAAGCCACAAAACAUCUUUUUAAGGCUAUUUAAGUCUGCAACAGAAAUCAGUGCUGAGACAUCCAGAACAACUUAAUCUUUUAUUACUGACUAAUCUUAUUCAUUCAGUUGAAUCUGUGACCUUGAACUGUAAAAUGUCAGUGUUGUAUCUUUAGUUAAUAAGUUGUGAAUUAAAGUAUUGAAAAAUGA